AGACAGUCAUUGUUGAUGACUACUACUGGCGGCGGCGGCGGUGGAAAGUGUCUGAAAUUGCCGCCCAAUAUGAUAGCUAGUAGUCUACAAAAUGGACGGAUACCCGAAUCGGGAGAGUUUCCAUGGAUAGCCACAGUUAACGGUCGUAAACAAUUUGUUGGUAACUUCAAGAUUUAUGUACAUCAAUGCAGUGGAGUUAUAUUAAACAAACUAUGGAUUUUAACAGCAGCUCAUUGUGUAAAUUCCGAUUACACUUAUUUUGUACAAACUGUUCAAAAUCAAUUGCAUGCAAACCAUACCUAUUUUGUGUCCGAUUUGUUUAUACAUCCCGACUAUGAGGCCACUGAUCGACCAAUUCAUAAGUUUCUCUACGAUAUUGCACUAUUAAAACUAGAGUUACCGGGAAUUGUCGAAAUGACCAGCAGUCCAUUGGUGGCCACUACUACUACUACUACCGCCGGUUAUUUCAAAGUAAACGGUAUUUGUUUGCCCGACAAAGAUCUGGUCAAUACUGAUGACGAGUUGGCAUUGUUUGCCGGUUUCGGCGAUAUUGAUAAUCAUCGGCGAAAUGAUGGAUCCGUACGUAUGGGUUGGUUGAAAAUUGACAAAUAUCUAGACUAUCAUCGAUUUGGACUAACCAUUCGUGCCCAUAGAUUUCCUACUAAAAUAGGAGUGGGCUUAUGUGUGGGUGAUUGUGGUGGACCAUUGAUACAGUACGUGCCAGGUAUUGGAUACUCAUCCCAGGCCGUACUUAUCGGUAUCAAUGUUGGCGGACAUACUAAUACGUGCCUAACUAAUGAACAUUACAGUCACAUGUAUUUUACACGUGUAUCAACACACGUGGACUGGAUUAUCAAAACUGUUGCUAACAAUAAUAAUAAUAAUUAA